UCCGCGAAACUUCCCUUCCCGACGGUGACGUAAAGGUUGUAUGAGGAAAUCAGAGAUAAACGCGGAGAAUAAACCUAAUUGGCCGAGUCGUAAUUUGAAUAAUUGUAAUACCAAACAUACACUGGCUGUCUUCCUAACUAUACAUUAUUCAUACAAGUCUGACCAGCUGAGAAACGGUCGCCUAUUCGACUUCGAUCUGUGCGCUAUAAUUGCCGGUCUUUUAAAUGUAUUCACUAAUUAUGGUAUCGUAAGUCCCUCAUCUUUGAUCCAAACUCCGACCAUAUAAAGCCGGCCAUCUCUAGACCUCGGCCAGUCUGAUCCGCGGGAAAUAAGUUUGAAUAAAUUUGAUUUGGGUUUAAAUUUUUGUCUUCAUUCAGUCUAAGUUUAGGCCAGAUCAAGAACUUUAAAGCACCGAAAAAUAAAAACUUGAAAUCACGAAGUUGAAACUAUCCAGGAACAUUGUUUCGUUGACCAGCAGUUGGUGGACACCUCGGCUCAAAUUUUAAAAACUGACACACUCGAGAAGCCAGGCAACAACUCUUUUAACGUAGACCUCUAGAGAUGAUGACGUCACAGAUGACCCUGGUGGCCUGCUGCCUGCUUGUUGUGGCCUUGACCGUCAGCUACUGCAACGGUCAGACCAAGAGAAUCAAGUGGCGACCUCAGGGCAGGUUCGGCAAGAGGACAAUGUCAAGGUCGCCUUUAUUUUUAGACGAUGAGAUAUUCUCAGAUUUUCGCACCAGCCGAGCCCUGGACAUCCCCGUGGAACAAUUUUUCUCAGUCCAAAAGCUGGCUCAGAUGGACACAAGACCCAGGCUCUGCUCCGUCACAGGCAUCGAGGGGUAUCCGCUCUGUGAGAGUUUGGUAUCAAGCAGCACAGAUUCCCAAGAAUUGGGCAGCAGCAAAUGACGCGCCACACUCAGGAGACCCACUCAGGAGACCCACCUGUCCCACAGUCCAGCAUCCCCACCCCAGGUCUCUACCUGACGUGCAAUAGCCGCACCUGACCAGACGUCUCUUGUUCAACUUGGGAUUAGGAACAAACUUAGCUCUUAUGAAAUGAUUAAAUUUUGAUAGGAAA